CACACGUCUGACAACUUCCUGACGGCGCUCCGUUUAAUUAAUUGGAAGCAGUUACGAUUUUUUUUUGCUUUUAAAAAUGUAAUUAUGGCUAAACAGUGUACUUGGGGCACCAAUACAAGUGGCUGGCAUUAUUCAAACAGGUUGACGGCCCUCGCCGCCGUCUCCUCACGCCGUGGGCGAGCAGUCGUCGACGUCCAGCAGCUCUUUGACCAGUCUCUCUCCAAACUGCGCCCGGCUGUAGCGCUUGACGGCGUAGGCGUCGGACAUCUUGUAGAGGAUGUACGCGUUGUUGAUGGCGAUGCUGAUGCUCAGCCAGAACACCUGCUGCCACGUCUUGUUGGGCUUGUGGAAGAUGAAGUACCUGACGAGCGAGAGCGCACGUGUUGGCUGCGAUGUAGCUGAGGUGCGCCGCGAAGGCCUCCACCGCCAGAGGACAUUCAACCUCGCCGCUUUUCCUCUUGAUGAUCAAGCCUGCAGGAAACACGGAGUGAAAGACACCGCAAAAACUACAUUUCAAGAAAGUCAAAAUGUCCUAUUUUAAGCACCCAUUUCUUUUUUUUUCAUAAAAACAAAAAAUAUCUUGUCUAGCAGUUUUCACUUGAGAAAAAUAAUCUUAUAUUAAGAAAAUAUAGCUAGCCAAUUCUCAUGAAGAUUUUUUUUGCCAGAAAUUCUUCUUCCUAGUAACAAGCUAAAAACCUUAUUUUGGUUAUUCGUCAAACACAGAUUCAUAUAUCCAUCCAUCUUCUAUGCCGGGUCGCCUGAUCACUUGGCCAUCGCCAUCAGUACAAAUUCUGCCCAGCAAAAAGCACCAGCUGAUGAGAGACAUGCUGCCUUGCAUCAUCACUCGCCACUGGCCGCGCUGCGCCGGCGUGGAGCUACAGACCAGCAUGCUUUGCGGCAGGCCCGUGCAGUCACUCUUUCUGGUGCUCAGCAGACCACAGCAGUAGAUAUCUAAACAAAAUGGCACAGACAUUUUAGAGUAUGUAGGUGUGCGCUGACCUUGCUUGCUAAAUUCGGCGAAGAGUCCGAGGCUGGUGAUGGACGGCCCCGUGAAGACGAUGGUGUUCUUUCCAGAGAUGUUCUGGCACAGCUGCUUGGCCACCAGACUGUGCAGCUGAGGUUUGUUCUUCAGGGCGGCCAGAGCGUCUCCACCUUGGCCAUCCUUCAGAUGCACGGAGAGCUGCAGAGGGGGGAGAGAAGAGAGUAUCUUCUUAUAUAACAAAUAUCUGCUGUUGGUUGACGACACACACUGCAUUAGAUUGAUGAGCCAACAUGUAGCUUGCCUGUGGCUAUCCCACUAAGUGGCCCGUGUGUGUGUGUGUGUGUGUGUGUGUGUGUGUGUGUGUGUGUGUGUGUGGUGGCUAAUGGAAUCUCAUUGAUUCGCUCCAUUAACUCAUCUUAUUUCUUUCUUUCUGUAUGUCAACACAGUUCAGAGCAGACACACAUCAGCUGACUGGUAAAAUGACCAUCAAGUGUGUUUGUUGAACGGGUGUGAUGAUGAUUGCAACACAUCAGUAGGAAUGGCGCAACACACAUAUACAGUACAUAUAUAUUUUGUUAUGGGUCAGAAUUGUCUGAUAGUACUGUUUUUCCAGUAUUUGGCAGUAACCAGCACAGGGUGCAAAUAAUAAUUUAGUCUGCUGCCUAAAUGGGCUGCGGAAGAAAUCAAAAGAGGAAAAACACAAGCUAAAACUAAUCUAUUAAUAAAACCUUUUCCGGACUUGCUGUUUUGCGCAUUUUUUUAGUGCAAUUUUAGUGCUUUUUAAAAAAAUUAAUGCUGCACACUGCCUGUUACCACACCCAUCAAACAGCAACAGUAUCAUCUUCUCUCUGGAUAACAACCUUCAGGCUUGCACUAGUGGAUGGCUGGCGGGUCUGUGUUCAUUUUGUGCGUUUCAUUUAAUGUUCCUGUCUUAGAUGGGAGCAACAUCUACUCCCACCCGCCGUUUGCCAAAGAUUUGUGUGAACGUGAGCCGGUCCGCGGGUCCAAAAAAGUUUGGCGACCCCUGCUGUGGAGGGCACAAUUCAUUUAGUUUGCUGCCUAGACCAGGGGUGUCCAAUGUGAGGCCCAGGGGCCAUUUACAGUCCACCGCUGUAUUUUUAUUGGGCCACGGCACGUUUUAAAAAGAGUAAAUAAACAAUUUCACAAUUACAAAAAAAGACAAAUCAGCAGUAAUUUUACAAAAAUGAAGUACGAAUACUAAGAGAUCUCAUCUAAUGAGAAAUAUGUAACAUUUAUAUAACAUAAUUUAUAUAACAAAUAACAUUUUAGUAGCAUAAAGUUGAAAUAUUAAAGAAAAAAUAUGUCAUAUAAGUAACAAAUAGGUUGUGAAAAAAGUUUUAUUAUUGUGGGAAUAAAGUCAUAUUACAAGAAAGUUGAGGGAAACAAGGGAAAAAAAAGAGCAAAGAGUGAAGUUGAUACUAAUAGGCUUUUUCACCAAUAUCACAAAGCUGAGAUGCUGUUUUUUUCUUGAAAUAUAUAUAACUUCUUAGCAAAUCUACAUGUGUUGCUUUACAAAAUAACAAAGUGGUCUUUGCAUCCUUUCCUUUUUCACUAUGUGGCCCUCGCUGGAAAAGGUUUGGACCCGGCCUUGACGGACUGCUGAAGAAUUGAAAACAGGAAGCCAAGUGGUGAUGAAGACCGGGUCCUCGUCUAUCAAGGGUUCGUGCAGAACCUGCCACAUAAGGAUGGCUUUGACGUUGACCAGUUUGUGUCAGAAUGUCGGAAGCAGGUGCAGCUGGAGGAGAUGAGAGAGGACCUGGAGUUCUACUACAAGCUGCUGAAGACAGCCAUGGUGGAGCUCAUCAACAAGGACUAUGCCGACUUUGUUAACCUCUCCACCAAUUUGGUGGGGAUGGACAAAGCCCUCAAUCAGCUCUCUGUGCCGCUGGGACAGUUACGUGAGGAGGUUAUGAGCCUCCGGUCAUGUGUCAGUGAGGUGAUAAAUGCAAUAGACACCCAGCUGUCCAAACAGGAAGACCUGCAGAAAAAAAAGGUUUGCGUCCUGAGACUGAUCCAGGUAGUGCGCUCAGUUGAGAAGAUUGAGAAGAUCCUCAACUCGCAGAACCCCAAAGACUCCAGUUCUCUGGAAAUCAGCAGCCCCUUAUUAGCAGGUCAGAUCCUGGAGCGAAUCGCCACAGAGUUCAACCAGUUGCAGUUCCACGCUGUGCAGAGCAAAGGCAUGCCCCUGCUGGACAAAGUCAGACCUCGUAUCGCAGGAAUCACCUCCAUGCUGCAGGAGUCUCUGGAGGGUCUUCUCAUCGAAGGUCUACAGACGUCCAACGUGGACAUGGUGCGUCACUGCCUGAGGACUUAUGCCACCAUCGACAAGACCCGAGAUGCUGAGGCGCUGGUGGGACAAGUGCUGGUGAAACCGUUCAUAGAUCAGGUGAUUGUGGAAGAGGUGGUGGAGUCCAGUCCAAACGGUCUCCAGAUGGUGUUUUCAAGGCUACUGGACUUUGUGCCUCAUCACUGCCGACUACUGCGAGAAGUGACGGGAGGAGCUGUGGCCAGCGACAAAGCCGACAUUGUUCCCGGCUACGACUUUAUGGUGAACUCUGUGUGGCCCGAGAUGAUCAAAGGAAUCGAGGAGAGGUUGGCUUAUCUCUUCAACCCCGGAAAUCCUGAUGUUUUUUUUGAGCGUUACAGCAUGAGCACAGAGUUUGUGCGCACGUUUGAGCGUCAGUGCAGCUCCCAGGCCAGCGUGAGGAGGCUCAGAGUGCAUCCUUCCUACAUCAGCUUCCACAACAAAUGGAACCUGCCCGUCUACUUUCAACUGCGGUACAAGGAAAUAGCAGGCAGUCUGGAGAACGCCAUCAGUGAUGGCCUAGAAGCCGCCCCAGCCGGCAGCGUAUACCACCUACAAGUGUCUGUGGUGCUGUGGUCCUGCCUCGUCAGGUGCUGGUCCGACAAAGUCUACCUGCCGCCCCUAGCGCACCGCUUCUGGAAGCUGACGCUGCAGCUGUACUCACGAUACGGAAACUUUUUGAACGAGGUGCUGACCAAGACUCCGACCCACAACGCGAGCAAAGAGCCCACCAGGCCCCUCCCCAGCUCAGCCUCAUCCACCUCCAGCAGGACGUCCAUGGAGGAGACGGGCAGCGAGAGCGGAAGCCCCGCCUCCUUGUCCACCAAACAUCUGGUCCACAUCGCGGCGGACGUGCAGAAACUACAAGAGCAGCUACCAGAACUGUCAGAGAUGGUCAGACGGCGAUUUGACGACAUCGGCUUCACAAACUUUGCCAUUGUGGAAGAGGCACUAGCGGACUCCAAGGCGCACCUGUCCGCCAGCAUCCCCGCCCUCAGCGCACGCAUGACCCAACACCUCAGCGAGCGCAGCUGCCGCUUCCUCAAGAGCGCGUCUGAGGUGCCUCGACUCUACCGCAGGACCAAUAAGGAGGCGCCCGUGCGAGCAUCAGCGUACGUGGACAACGCCUUGCAGCCGCUACAUCAGCUGCUGGCCGACUCCACGGGCCUGGUCGACCCGGCUACGGCACAAGAGUGGCUGAGAGUGACGCUUUCAGAGUGCACGCAAAGGUACUACGAGACCAUCUCUGAGGUUCUGAGUUCGGUGAGAAAGAUGGAGGAGAGCCUGAAGCGGCUGAAGCAAGCCAGGAAAGGCGCCAACGCCUCAACCAGCGCGGCCGGCGCCAACGGCGGCCCGACGGACGACAGCAAGAUCCGACUGCAGCUGGCUCUGGAUGUGGAGUACCUGGGGGAACAGAUCCACAAAAUGGGUUUGGAGCCGGCAGACAUCUCCAUGUUCUCCAUGCUGAUGGAGCUGGUGAAAGAGGCCAGAGACCUCGUGGAACACCACCAGUAAACCAAAAAAGAAACAACCUCACAGAGAUGGAACGCCAUCACCAUGUGACUAGACGGGAUGUGGAAUGUUUUUCACUCACUGACUCCAAACUACACUGUAAAGAAUGAAUGUCAUACAAAUUACAGCAUUGUUGUCCAUAUUUCAUCAGCAUAUUAUUAUAAACUUGGUGUGCAGAGGAUCUUUUUUUUUUAAUAAAUAAAUGGUAUCAAUGUUG